CUUGUGUCAUCGUGCUGUCUGCUUCGGUGUCUACGUUCGUUCUGAUCGUACUUUCUCGUUCUUGAUUUCGGGUUUCUCGUUUUUAGUUUUUCGUUCUCUCGCGUGAUUUUUCGUGUGCUUUUUCGUCUGCUUUUCUCGUACCCCAGCGGAAACAGCGUUUAUCGUCGUACAGGAACGGUUAAGGAUUAAAAUGUAUGAUAGAUGCUAUUUUUACUUGGAAUUCUAAUCGCACAGACAACAUCACUUAGCAGCUACUCAAUCUGAACCCCUCGCUCCUUUUGAGAAAAACCUAACCCGCCUAGUAUCCAUCGCAAAUCGAUUGUUACUCUAUUGAAACGGCCGUAAGUCCUACCAUCGUCGUGCGACCAUUGUCAAACCUGAAUUGUGCCGGACUGUACAACUGAGAAUAAUAAAUCAUGUGUGCCUGCUCAUCUUGUCCCACCUUUUUGUCGCUAUAGUUCGAGAAAAGCACGUGUGCAGCAGUCGCAGCUGAUCAUGUCCUCCUCCACUAAAUCCAAGCCGCCUGCGGCGCCAGGUGCCGACUCCCGUCGACCUGCGAAAGCGGAUCCUGCCGACAUGAUCCAGGAGGAGCUGCGGAAGACCGUGAACUCCUGCCGGUCCACGCUGGUGUCGAUCGAGCACGACGUGGAUGGACUCUCCGCGGAAAAGGACGACCUCCUGCAGCAACUGGUGCGCAUUCGGGACCGGUGCCGGGCGAUCGAUGCCGAGUUCGUGUCGAAGCGGCGAGAGUACGAGUCCGCCAUGCGGCUGCUCAAGUUGUGCGAGGAGGAGUACGCGUUCACCUGCUGUGCUCAGGGCCCGCCCCCGACGCCUUUCGUGCCCCGCAAUCGCUUUAUGGAGCGAAUAAAUGCGAAGGAAGAAAGCAGCGAUGAUGCUGAAGGAGGAGAUCUAGAAGAUACGCAAGUUGUAGCCGCGCUAUCGCCCUCGAGAAGUCCUGCGCCACCUAUUCCCAAACUUUAUUCCGCACCAGGUCGCCCGAGCACAGCACAACUACAGCCUGCCCGAGCAAGUCGUCGAGGGUGAUACCUUUUAUCAAAAAGCUACACUUCUUUUUGCUCCUCUGUCUCCUCUGCCAUUUGCUUGCUCGAAGACGUAGUUAGAUAGUUGGUUGUCCUCUGAUUCACGAAAACUCAAAUUGGUUUGAAAUGCAUGGUUGCAUUUCUUUAGAGCAACUCGUCGCGCACACAGCAUUUCGAUAAAUUGAGUUGGCGGAUGGAAAGUUCAACUUCUUCAUGGAGACGACAUGAUCAAGCACCAGCUCUAUACUUAACUACAAUCAGAUUUUGACCUUGCAAAUCAAAAAUCAAAG